AUGGCAGAAACAACCAUCACUAAUGCACCAAAGAGCCAGAUACUUUCAAUUCUUGAGACUGAAGGUGAAGAAGAAGAAGAAGAACUUGUUGAAGACAUUUCUUCAUUGAUAACUAGUCUUCAACAAGAAAUAUCUACAUCUGAUGGCUUGCCUACUAAAGAAAGUUCUACUGCUACAACUCCACUUUCUGAUAAUGACUCAAACAAAGAUACUUUUGAGGAUUUGUCAUCUUCAUCGUCUGCUUCUUCUAAUGAAGAUGAAGAAGAUAAAGAAAGGGUUAUUAGACACCUUCUAGAAGCUUCUGAUGAUGAACUUGGUAUUCCUCAAAUGGGAUUAGAUUUUGAGUUUGAAGAUGAUGAAGUUAGGAGUAAUUAUGGUGAGGUUGGAUUGUUCAAUUUGGGUGGUUAUGAUUCAGGCUUGUGGGAAUUUGAGGAUGAAACUGCUAAUUACUAUACAUUGUUGCAGUCUGAACUUUUCAUGUAA